AUGCCCUGGAGGCCUCUGCCUCGCAUCGCCUUCGCCGUCGCCAUCUACCCCUUUCAGCCCUCCACCCCGGCCGACCUACCGCUGGAGCUCGGCGAUGAGCUCUACAUCAUUGAACAAGGGGGCGCCAAUGGCGAAUGGUGUCGUGGCUACUUGGUCGCGCCGCCGUCGCUGCUGGCGGGCCUGACCAGCAGCAAGGGCCAGACCCUCGAGGCGCGCGUCUUUUCGGGCAUCUUCCCCCGCAAUUGCGUCGAGAUUCGCGAGGUCCUCGGCGACGCCGACCCCAACCGCCCCGCGAAGAAUGGCGACCGGCAGAGUUACCGCACCGACCCCGAGGAGGCCGAUUUGCGAAGCAGCCUGGCUCUCUCGCAGGAUGACGUGCACGUGGUCGGGGAGGCCUCCAACGUGGUCGUCGCCAAGAAGGGGAAGCCCGCCCAGAUCUUCAUCCACAAGCAGGACGACGACGCGCUGGCGAGCCCCAGGUCGCUGACCAACCACGCCAUCAAUUCGCCCGCCCUCCCGUAUACGCCCCUCAGUCUGACGGCGCCCCGCGACGCCGACGCUCCGAAACCGGCCGCCCCCGUCCCCAUGCUCAAGAUCGGCGACGAGAGCGCCACCGCGCUGGCCGAACCGUUGGUCGACGAGAUCGCCUCGUGCCUGCGGGAGUGGCAUUCGACCAAUCUCCACCAAUUGCUGCUGGGCCGCCAGUACGCCGUCGUCGAAGAGAUGUCCGCCAUCGUGCAGGAGCUCGACUUCGCCCGCCGGCAGCUGCUGUACGACGUCCUCACCGCGCAGGAGAAGGAAGGCCUCCGCCAAGACGUGGUCUGGAAGCUGGUCCGCGCCAACAAGAUGCUCGGUGGCGAUGUCAUCGUGCGGGACCCCGCGCAACGGGGCCGGUUGCUGACCGGCGAGGAUUCCGCCAUCCAGAUGACGAAGCUCCAGUCGGAGAUGAGCAUGCUCGACAGCAGUCCGACCCAGCCCUCCGACGUCGCCGCUUUACAUCACCUGCUGCUCGAGGUCACGGCGGUGUCCGGCAACUUCCCCGGCCCCGUGUCGCUCGCAAUCUACCUGUGCGCCCAGUCGGAAACCGGCGCGCUCAAGUCCCUGUCCGAGACCUACGCGCUGGACAUCCCGUCACCCGAGAAGUUUGUCAGCCAGGCACCGAGCGGCAAGCUGAAGACGCUCUUCACCGACCUGAGUGGCACCGACCUGGGCGACGGGUCCCCCGGCGGCGCCAAGUUGUACCUGGUCGUCGCCGUCCGAUCGCUCGAGUCGACCGCGACCGCCGCGCUCCAAUCGCGACCGUCCAUCUCGCGGGAGGGCCCGGCGGCCGCCAAACCGAACGGCGGCACCAACCACGCGGCCAAGGGCCAGCUGAAGACGCGCCGGAGCAUGAUGUGGUCGAAGCCCCGCGGCAUCCAGAGCCCCGAGCCCGUCAAGGAGACCCCGCGGGCGCCGCCGCAGACGUCGGACAGCACAUCCAGCGCCAAGGAGCGCAGCAACGCCCCGGUGACCAAGGACACCAGCCAGGUCCGCACCGUGGGGGUCGGGCUCCUGGAGGUGUCCCAGAUCCUGCGCACCGAAAAGGACGCGGAGCAGCUGAUGAGCAUCUGGUCCCCGUCCGAGGAGAGCAGCGACGACGGGGACGGGAUCGAGUUCGACGGGUUGAUCCGCGCCUUGCUCCCCAGCGCCAGCGGGAAGUAUGUGCGCUCCCACCAGGCGGCGCGGCUCCAUCUCCACCUGUCCCCCUUCGCGCAUGCCGACGCCGACGCCCUGGUGCGGAAGAACCCAACCAUCAUGCAUCACAUCGUCCAGACCAAGCGCAUCGGCUUCGCCCAGGCGCCCACGAAACCGCGGUCCGAUAUCUACCUGACCGUCUCCAGUGCUAGCUUCCCGCCGGACGCCCUGCUCUCGCACCCGCAGACGGGCCAGGUGCCCGUCCCUGCGCACACGGGCAUGCGCAACCUGCAAUUGACCCUGGAGGUCCGGGCGGCGUCGGGGGCCCGGGUCGACAAAUGCGUCUGCCCGUCCUCCAACGCCCCGGCGCAGACCGCGUGGCGCACCACGAUCGCCGACCGGGGCACGCCGUGGAACCAGACCAUCCGUCUCAACGUGCCGUCCGAGCAGAUCCCUGGGUCCCACCUGGUGAUGAGCGUGGCGGAUUCCCCCGGGUUCCCGUUUGCGCUGGCGUGGAUGCCCCUGUGGGAUAACCAAGCGUUCAUUCGGGAUGGCCCGCACUCGCUGCUGCUGCACGCGUACGACAAGCUCACGUCAAACGUGGAGAACGGCAAGGGGGCAUACCUAAGCCUCCCGUGGAGCUCGUUGGGGAAGAACGAGUCGACCAAGGACGAGGCGGUCACGGGCCCGUUGGCCACGCUGCGCCUGGACACGCACCUGUGCAGCACGGAGUAUUCGCAGGACCAGGUCAUAUUGAGCCUGCUGAACUUCCGCGAACGACCGGUCGACGAGGUCCUCGACACCUUGAAGCGGGUCCUCUUCGUGCCGGAGAUCGAGAUCGUCAAGCAGCUCAGCGGGGUGUUCGACGCGCUGUUCGGCAUCCUGGUGGACAACGCCGGGAACGAGGAGUAUGAGGAUCUGAUCUUCCACAAUCUCGUGACGGUUCUGGGCAUCGUGCACGACCGACGGUUCAAUCUGGGCCCGUUGGUCGAUCACUACGCCGACAACCAGUUCAACUUCCCCUUCGCGACACCCUGCCUCGUCCGCAGCUACCUACGUCUACUCCAGUCGAGCUCCGAGCCCAACCAGUCGCGGAAUCUCCGGGCCACCUUUAAGGUGGGCCGGCACGUCCUCAAGUUCAUCAUCAAUGCCCGACAGCAGCAGCAAGCCAAGGAAGAAGGGAUCGGGAUCACGCGCGUCCAGUCCACCUUCAACCGCGACCUGCAUUCGAUCUUCAAGGCGCUGGAGGAGCUCAUGAAGAACCCCUCGCCCGCCAUGGUCGGCAGCAAGACCUUGGUGGUUCAGCACUUCCACACGUGGCUCCCGGAACUCACCAAGGUUCUCCCCAAGGACGAGAUGGUCAUGAUCGCGUUCAGCUUCAUGGACGCGUGCAAGGACGUCAAGGGGAUGCUCAUCCUGUACAAGCUGGUCCUGAUCCAGCACUACACCCGCCUGGACAUCUUCGACUCGGGGUCGGAGCGGCAGGGCUUGAUCUCCAGCUGUGUCGGCUGGCUGGCCCCCUACUGGGGUGGGAUGAAUUCGGUGUCCGACCUGUACCGCGAUCAGGUCCGGCUGAACUGUGCCAUCGUUGCGGAGCUGCUGAAGGAGCCGGAUCCGCAGCUGUACGAGUUCAUGCCCAGCAUCGUGUCUUCCUACUACUCGAUCAUCCCGGAGGGCGUGGACGACACCGACUAUCUCUCGCUGCUCUUCAGCAAAACUUUCCCGUUCCACAUGAAACCCUCGAAGACCGUGCAGAAGGUGGACGAAGCCUUGGUGGAACUCUCUGCGGUCAUGGCUGCCGUCGCGGCGGUCCCCCAUCCCAAACGGCCGCGGCUGAAGGGCCUGGACCUGUCGUCCUUCCUCAACCAGGCGUUUGAGGUGCACACGUCGAUUCUCAACUGCGAGCCGUACCCCGAGAGCUGGCUCAGUGUCCAUAUCUACAACCACCGGGCCACCGUCAAGAGUCUGGAGUUCCUGGCCACCAUUAUGAUGGACAAGUUCCUCCCGGGACCCGAUGAUGCGGAGUCGUUUGACACUCGAAUGUGGGAGAACCUCUUCCUGACCCUGUUGAAGGUUGUCUCCAGCAACGUUCUCGCCCUCGAGACCUUCCCCGAGCAACGACGACGUGCGAUCUGGAAGAUCGCCGGUGACGUCCGAGAACAGGGUGCGGCCCUGCUGCGCGCCAGCUGGGAGGCCAUCGGCUGGGAGACCACGGACGAGGAGCAAGAGCGCUUCGGGCUGGAGCGGUUUGGCGGCUACCAAGUGCAGUAUGUGCCUGGUCUCGUGGCUCCUAUCAUCGAGCUCUGCCUCAGUGUUCACGAAGGCCUGCGGCAUGUGGCGGUGGAGAUCCUGCGGACGAUGAUCCUGAGCGAGUGGACCCUAAACCAGGACCUGUCCAUCAUCGAGACGGAGAUCAUCUCCAGCCUGGACAACCUCUUCAAGUCGAAGAAUAUGAGUGAAUUUGGCGUCCAGAAGCUCUUCAUCGGGGAGCUGCUCGAAUACUUCGAGGCCUGCGAGGCCUUCGAUCCGGAACUCACCAACGCCGUCAAGGGCCUCAUCGGCACCGUCGACGAACUGCUCGAUCUGUUUGUGGCGUCGCAGAGCGGUUCCAUGGCCGAGAACAUGCACACGCUCCGACUGAUGGAGUACAUGAAGGACAUGGGCCGGGAGGAUAUCUUCAUCCGUUACGUUCAUGAGCUGGCCGAGGUGCAGGCUGCGCAGAGCAACUUCACCGAAGCCGGUCUUGCCCUCCAAUUCCAUGCCGACCUGUAUGAAUGGGAUCCGAAGUCCGUGGCCCCACACCUUCUCAACCCCAGUUUCCCCGAACAGACCGCCUUUGAGCGGAAAGAGACCCUGUACUUUGCCGUGAUCCAGCAUUUCGAGGACGCCAAAGCCUGGACGCAUGCCCUUGCCUGCUACAAGGAGCUCGCGCUGCAGUAUGAGGAGACGGUGAUGGACUUUAUGAAGCUGUCGCGGGCUCAAGGGUCGAUGGCCAAGAUCAACGAACGUAUUGCUAAGGAGGAGAAACAGUUCGCACGAUUUUUCCGCGUUAUCUACAAAGGCCUGGGCUUCCCGCCAACGUUGCGUGACAAGGAGUUUAUCCUGGAAUGUUCCCCGACCGAGCGGAUGGCCACUUUCGUCGACCGGAUGCAACGGGAUCAUCCGGCGGCUCAGAUCGUGUCUACCGGGGACGUGCAUGAUUAUGAGGGCCAGUACCUGACCAUCACGCCUGUCUCCGCUUAUCGAGACAUGAGCCAUCCUGUGUAUCAACGGUCCAAGGUUCCAUCGGGCGUCCGGGACCAUCUCCUGAUCUCCGAACCUUGCCGCUUCACGUCAACCCUGAAGAGACACGUUCGCAGCCCUAACGUGCAAGAGCAAUGGGUGGAGAAGGUCAUCUACACCACGGCGGAGUCUUUCCCGAAUAUCUUGCGCCGCAGUGAGAUUGUCACGGUCGACACCGUCGCCUUAACACCCCUGCAAACCGCGGUCGAACGGACCUGGCGCAAGACCCAGGAACUGUUCUUGCUGCAACGGCGGGCCGUGUACGGGGAGGACUCCAGCUUGAUGGGCCUCACGGAGGCACUGGAGCAGUUGCUCGACACCCAGUCUUCCUCCCCCAGCUGUGUCGCUCUCUACCGCGAGUUUUUGGCAGACGAGGACCCCGAGGGCAGUGAGGAGACACCUACACCGUUGGACCCGAUGAAGAACGCCCUUGCCGUGGGACUGAUUGACCACGCCUUGGCGAUCAAGCAGUCUCUCGCCUUGUACAACCGCCCGGCACACCAGGCCACGCAAGCGGAGCUGCAGCGCCGCUCUGAGGAAGUGUUUGCCUCGGAGCUCGCUUCCCUCAGUUCUCUGGUGCUCGAGCCUUUGCAAUUCCCCGUGCGCCGGUCCCUCAGCACCAAGACGGACCGCAAGCCGCGUCCGCGGGCUACCAGCCCCGAGGAGGAGUUGAUCCGGACCCAGAAAACUGCCAAGAGCAAGCAUCCCGAUAAGCAGUCUGUGAGCCACCGGAUCAGCAUCAUCAAUCCGUUCAAACGCCACGGGGCGAGUAACUCGGUAGCCACAAUCCAGGGCGAGUCGCGGCGGAGACGUUCCAACAGCCGGGUUAACGGCGAGGACCGCGAUGACGAUACCGCCACGGUUCACAGCCAAACGACGACUCGUUCUCGGGACACCCACGGCAAGCGGCGCAGUCUCUUCGGGGACUUCGGCGAGAAACUCCACCGACAUACAUCCCACCGAUCGAACCGAUCGAUGGGCGCCGGUGAAUCCGUCGCGGAGGGCACCCAAACCCAAGAGAAGCGACGGUCCCGCAGCGCGUCUCGAAGCGCGGCCGCCAAGUCUCUCGAGAACAUCGGCCGGAGCAACUCUCAGCGCCAUGUAAACGGGGUGUCGAACCAUCGCGACCAACCGGCCGUGACCAGUCCUCGAAAUGGGGCAGCAGCAGGAGGAGGCAGUGGUGGUGGAUGGUCGGCGAUUCCCCCGAUCAUGGACCCCCCGCGGCCGGUGACGCAGAGCAGCAUGCAUUCCAUCAAGAGUCCCGAGAUACGCAGUCCCAGCAGCCUGUCGCAGGGACCCAUGAGUCCGACAGGAGUGCGGGACUCGGUCCGGAAGAGGCUGAGUGUCUUCAAAGGCGUUGGACGAAAGAACAGCCGACUUGAGUUUCGGGACUCGCGCGCUAUGACUGUCCAUGAGGAGUGA